AUGAUGAUGAUGUCUCUGAACAGCAAGCAGGCAUUCGCCAUGGCCCACGCCAGCUUGCCCGAGCCCAAGUAUUCCUUGCAUUCCUCCUCGUCCUCCACGUUGACUUCGAAUGCGCCCUCCUCGUGCUCGUCUUCCCGACACAGUAGCACCAUCAUCAGCAGCGGCGGAGGCAACUCGGAGGCGAUGCGCCGAGGAUGUCUCCCAACCCCACCGAGCAAUAUAUUCGGAGGCUUGGAUGAGAGUUUGUUGGCCCGCGCUGAAGCUCUGGCGGCGGUGGAUAUUGCCUCGCAGACCAAGAGCCACCACCAUCCUCCACACCACAGUCCCUUCAAGCCGGACGCGACCUACCACACCAUGAACACUCUCCCCUGCACCUCCUCAUCGUCUUCUUCCUCGGUGCCUAUUUCUCACCCUUCAGCCCUUACCGGCCACGGUCACCACCACCAUCAUCACCAUCACCACCACCACCAACCCCACCAGGCGCUGGAGGGCGACCUGCUGGACCACAUCACCCCAGGACUGGCUCUCGGGUCCAUGGCAGGGCCAGACGGCUCCGCAACUGCGCACCCUGCUCACAUGGCGGGCAUGAACCACAUGCACCAGGCAGCCCUCAACAUGGCUCAUGCCCACGGGCUACCAUCCCACAUGGGCUGCAUGAGCGACGUGGACGCCGAUCCCAGGGACUUAGAAGCCUUCGCUGAGAGGUUUAAACAGAGACGGAUCAAACUCGGCGUGACCCAGGCGGAUGUAGGGGGAGCUUUGGCCAACCUGAAGAUUCCUGGCGUGGGCUCCCUCAGCCAGAGUACCAUCUGCCGAUUCGAGUCCCUCACCCUCUCCCACAACAACAUGAUAGCUUUGAAGCCCAUUCUACAGGCAUGGCUGGAAGAAGCCGAGAAAUCACACCGGGAGAAACUCAACAAACCCGAGCUAUAUAACGGCGGAGAGAAGAAGCGGAAGCGCACGUCGAUAGCAGCACCGGAAAAGCGAUCACUGGAAGCUUACUUCGCCAUUCAGCCGCGUCCUUCCUCAGAGAAAAUCGCUGCUAUAGCAGAGAAACUGGACCUCAAAAAGAACGUGGUGCGGGUCUGGUUUUGCAACCAACGGCAGAAACAGAAACGAAUGAAAUAUUCUGCAUGCGUCUGA